AUGCAAUCGUUGUACUUGUCUUUUUUGUUUAUGUUCUUGUUCUAUUCAGAAGCAUCACUAGCUUCAAUCAAAUCCAAUAACAGAAGGAUCCUUCAUGAACCCUUUCUACCACUGAACUCUCUCCCUCCAUCAGAACUACCCAAACCCCCACCACCACCACCACCACCGUCACCUCAUUCACCUCCUUCAACCCCAAACCCCAAACACCCAUUUUCCACCACCAUUCCCACUGACAACAACCCAAACCAAAACCAAAACCAAAACGAAUCACCGUUUUUCCCAAACUACCCUCUUUCACCACCACCGCCUUCACCACUCACCUUUGCUUCAUUCCCAGCUAACAUUUCCGCCCUAAUUCUCCCUCACACCCCUCAACCAGCUUCCUCUUCUAACAAACUCGUCCCCAUUGCACUCUCCGCCACUGCCAUAGCCGCCGCCGCUGUUAUCAUCUCCGGCUUCCUUUACUUUCGCCGACGCCGCUAUAACCGUCGCGCUUCCACCGACAACAAGACUCUAAGAUCCGACAGUAGCCUCGAGCUUUUCCCGCGCAAUGUCGAAACUGCAGUCGAAGUCGGAGGAAACGCCUCCGAUUUUCUUUACCUUGGUACAGUUGUUAACUCGCGCCAAAUUGACAUCGUUCCUCCUCGCGGCGGCGCUUCGGUGUCUCGAAAACUUGAGUCGCCGGAGCUCCGUCCUCUCCCGCCGUUAGCGCGACUGCCCGAACCUCCAUUACCACCGCCGCGUGGUGACACUUAUUCAGAUGAAGAAGACGAGGAGUUUUACUCGCCGAGAGGCUCCUCUCUCGGCACCCGAGAAAGCUCAGGAGGCACAGGAUCGGGUUCCCGGCGAGCAUUCUCCGCCAUAGCCGCUGGAAAAAGCAAUGAAUCAAGCUCAGUUUCAUGUUCUUCCUCUUCUUUCGGUUCUCCCGCGCAGUCUCAUUCGAUGAGCCUCUCACCGCCGGCGAGUUCUAGUCCCCGGAGAACUCAACAAAAAUCACCUGAAACUACACCAAUUCAGAACCAACAUGUGCAAUAUUGUUCUUCUUCUUCAUCAUCAUUCUCUUCAUCACGCACAACACCAGAGAGAGAUUUUGAUAAAGAAAAAGAAAAUGCUUCUUUACCCUCUAAUGCACAUGCAUCAUCAUCAUCAUCACUGUCAUUACAAGAGAGAUUCAUGGAGAAAACUGAAAACGCAUCUUUAUCAGAACAACCACCAAGGCUAUCGAAUCAUUCUAGUGCUUCUUCUUCAGCUUUUUCUCUUCCUUCUUCACCCGAGAAAAAUAUGAUGAUGCAUCAAGGUUUUGAUCAGUCUCCUAGAAUGUCAAGUGUUUCUGAUAUGUCAAAGCUACCAGGUCUGUCAUCAUUGCCAUUGUCACCCGCCCUACUUUCAUCCCCUGAAACAGAAAGAGGAGGGUUUAGCUGCAAUCCAAACCAAUGGGGAACAUUUUCUUAUGCUAUGCCUGCACUACAGAGGAAACAUUGGGAGGUUCCGGUUCUCCCAAAGCCUAUAGCUCCGCCGCCGCCUCCCCCUCUGCCACGGCAGAGGAGGCAUUGGGAAAUGUCAGCAACCUCCGCUAUUGUUGAUCAGCCUCGGUCCAUUUUGAAGCCACCUGUGUUAGUACCCCCUUCGAGGCCUUUCGUGUUGCAAAACCAAACAACAAAUGAGUCUUUGGGGGGAAAUUUUGAAGAGAGUUUGAAACCUAAAUUGAAGCCAUUGCAUUGGGACAAAGUGAGAACAAGUUCUGAUCGCGAAAUGGUGUGGGAUCAGAUGAAUUCCAUGUCAUUUAAAUUGAAUGAGGAAAUGAUUGAGACAUUGUUUGUAGUGAAGCCAUCGAGCCAAAACUCCAAGGAUGAUACUCCACGUUCCGUUCUUCCCUUGCCAAAUCAGGAGGACAGAGUACUUGAUCCGAAGAAGUCUCAAAAUAUUGCAAUCUUACUCAAAGCUCUUAAUGUCACAAUAGAAGAAGUGUGUGAAGCACUUUUAGAUGGUAGUAGUGAUACACUUGGAGCAGAGCUACUUGAAAGUUUGUUAAAAAUGGCACCAACCAAGGAAGAAGAACGUAAACUAAAGGAACAUAAAGAUGACUCGCCGACCAAGCUUGAUCUUGCUGUGAACUUUUUGAAGGCGGUGCUCGAUAUACCUUUUGCAUUCAAAAGGGUUGAAGCAAUGCUUUACAUGGUCAACUUUCAAUCUGAAAUAGAGUAUCUUAGAAAAUCAUUUCAAACACUCGAGGUUGCCUGUGAAGAGUUGCGAAAUUGUAGAAUGUUCUUGAAGCUUCUAGAAGCUGUACUUAAAACUGGGAACCGAAUGAACGUGGGAACAAAUCGCGGUGAUGCGGAGGCCUACAAACUCGAUACACUUCUCAAGUUGGCUGAUGUCAAAGGUGCAGACGGGAAAACCACUCUACUGCAUUUUGUCGUACAGGAAAUUAUCAGAACCGAAGGCGCUCGUCUCUCUUCUACUAAUCAAACUACAAACUCUACUUUGACUGAUGAUGUUAAUUGCAGGAGACUUGGCCUACAAGUUGUUUCUAAUCUGAGUUCCGAGUUAUCAAACGUAAAAAGGGCCGCUACUAUGGAUUCCGAACUUCUCAGCAGCGAUGUCUCUAAACUUUCCAAAGGAGCUAGAAACAUAGCCGAGAUUGUGCAAUUAAUCGAAAAGGCGGGAUUGGAUGAAACCAGUAAAAAAUUCACAGAAUCAAUGAACAAUUUUGUUAGAAUGGCCGACGACGAAAUCAUGAAACUUCAAGCACAAGAAAGUGUUGCUUUGACUCUUGUGAAGGAGGUUACAGAAUAUUUUCAUGGGAACUUAUCAAAGGAAGAAGCUCAUCCAUUUAGAAUCUUCUUGGUCGUAAGAGAUUUUAUAGCGGUUCUCGACCGUGUCUGCAAAGAAGUCGGUAUGAUAAACGAGCGAACUAGUGUUAGCUCGGCUCAUAAGUUUCCUGUUCCGGUUAAUCCAAUGCUUCCACAACCUCUUCCUGGAUUACAUGAAAGGAAGCAUUGUCGUAUCUCUUCAGAUGAUGAAAGUACAUCACCUUAG